AUGAGCGUUUCCACGUUUGCACUCACCCCCUCUUCGGCUCUCCUUCCUGCCGCGCCGCAUUCCACCCUAGCUCCUGUGACGCCGUCGUUGCCGCUCAGCACGAGCCCCCUCCCCUCUUCAUUUUCUUCAUCUUCGCUGCUCCAUUCCAUCGAGGAAAAGUCGCUACACGCCCGAAGAUCGGGCGCCCUGCAGACCAUUCCCACGCGAUGCCAACUCAUCAAGGACACCAACGCACCGAGCGACGAGCGAGGGAAGCCUCUCCUGUUCCCCGUGAGGAUCAAGACAGAGGGAGGAGUGUACAACAAGCCCGAUGUGCUCUCCGAUAACCUGAGAAAGCGCGAUCCGUUCGUGCCGCCCUAUGAAGAGGAUCUGUUCGUCGAGUGGGACUUUAGCGUUGGGCCAGCGCACUCGCCCCGGUCAAAGCACGUCCUCGUGCUCAAUAAGUACAACGUGCUGCCUAACCAUGCACUCAUCGUCACCACCGAUUUUCAGCCACAAACUGAUCCGCUCAACGAGCGCGACUUCGAGGUCUUCUGGCGAAGCGUGGACAACGUGAGGGGAUUUGGAUUUUACAAUUGUGGCGCUAACGCCGGGCCAAGCCAACCGCACAAACAUAUGCAAGUGGUGCCCCUUCCACUCGAGGACGGGACCGAACUGCCACUGCUGCGAGUGCUCGACGAGCAGACUUCGAGACACGCUGACCAUGGCGCACCAUUCACGCUACCACAAUUUCCGUUCAAUCACGCUGUGUGCCGUUUGCCCAAGCACCUGUGCGAAGCCGACAGCCAGAUGAUAGGGCGGGACUUAGCCGAAAUGUACAGGCGGCUGCUGGCGGCAAUUCACAAGAGCACUGGAGAGAACGAGCAGGAGCUGCAGACCAAUGGCCACCACAACGUGCUGCUAUCGCCGCGGUGGAUGCUCGUAGUCCCACGCACGCGAGAGGGCAUGGAUGGGCUGAGUGGCAAUGGCCUCGUGUUCGCAGGCGUGUUCUUCACCAAGGACCAGCAGCUCUGCAACAAGCUGGCGGACAUUGGUCCUAUCAACUUCCUUACACGCAUCACGUCGUGA